AUGUUGCGUCGAACCAACGCCUCAGCUAGCAAGGCUACCAGCUACGCCAGAGCGUCGCGAUGCCGGACGCGACACCAACAACCUUUUGGGACCUACUCCCAGCGAACGGCAGCUAAAUCUCGACCAGCUUUGCCGACAGUCUUCAUCCCUACCUCAAGUCCGACGAUCGCACGACGAUUCGCAUCCUCUGGCAACCGCUGGUUCAGACACGAGGCCAAAGCCGUUGCGCGCUACACCAUGACUAUUUGGGGUUUGGCGGCUGCCGCAGUUGUCAUUGGUCUAUGUGUAAACGAAGAAGUGCUCGAAAGAUAUUACCCAACACCUCACGAAUGGAAAUACAUGACAAGAAAAUACUUGCGCGAUGCCAACAACUACCUUAACCCUCAAAAUGGCGAGGUCAAUUGGGCGAGAGCUCUAGAGCUCUCUCGUGGUGUAAUCAUUCGCCUAGAGGAUGACAAACUCGACGGCCAAGCGGUGGAAAAGCUGUCAGACAAAGGAGACGACACAUUGGAGGUCCCAGGCGAAUUCAUAGCAUGCAAUAUCACCAAUAAAUCCCAGGACUGGCGACGAGGAUACUUUGAGGCCAUGAUGCUGGCGGCCAAGGCUGCAGAGCAUGUCGACGGCUGGGUACGAGAUACUACGCGAAAUGUUGUCUCACCACCACAGUACGUCAUUGGCCCUUCAAAUCCAAAGCCUACCCCUGUGCCGGCAGGAGAUCCCAAAGCACCGCGAGAGGAGGACUGUGUAGCUGCUUACCCCGAUGCGGACAACUGGUACAUGAAGCUGCUUGCGACGGUUGGCAUUUCCCCGCGGGAAAAGAUUGAAGCCGCGCUAGCGUACGCUAGUUUCUUGGAAUUCAAAUCAAGACUCGAAGAGGCAGAGGCCUUUUAUGCGCUAGCCCUCAGUGAAGCUUCUCGAAACUUGGAUCAAAGCAAGCUCCCUUUCGACCCUCGAACUUUCACCCUUCACGAAAAAGCCGACUUACCUUCGACGAAUGUACUUGAUAGCAUUACAGCAAUUGCUAACUUCAAGGCACGCAAAGGCGACCUUUCCUCUGCCCUGCCAAUCUAUCUCUCCCUACUGCGAGCCCGCCAGUCUCUCUCUAAUGAACGACCCAAAGCAGUGAAGAAGGCUACAAAUGUGCCCAUUCAUACCAAACUCAUCAACCUUGUAUCACAGCCACCUUAUCCUGUUCCUCAAUCUGACGGAUUUCAAGCCCCUUGGCGAAGCCCGGAGGAACAGUGCCAAGAAGCUUCGCUCCAUCUCUACAUUGGUGAGAUUCUGUACGCUUCCAAGUCCCGCGAAGACGGAGUGUCUUGGACACGCGAUGGCGUAGACCAAGCUGAGGAACAGCUCCGUGGUCUCAAAGUUAUCGACAAGACACCAACAACGGAGAAGACUUGUCGGGAGUGCCUAGGUACUGGCCUUGAAAACUGGAAUGUCAUGGUUUCAAAUCUGGCUCUAGUUGAGAAGCGCAAAGGCCAAGCAGGCAACAAGCAGGGCGGUAUGUUCUCAUUCUUCGGUGGCGCUGAGGAAGUCGAAGGACGAUGGGCUGCGGAAGAGGCCGUCGUGGCGCAACGCAUACGUCGCACUCGCGAACUCUUGGAGGAGAUUAAGCCUCCCAAUUAUCUACUUUCCAACUGGCUCAAAGCUUAA